UGAGAAGCAGCCGCAGCCCCUGUGAAUGAAAGCAUUCUUCAUUUCAUGCGGCUGACCAAUAACUUUUCUUCAGUCCGGGUGUUUGACGCGUCAGCGCGGCGCACCCACCGCACAGCUCCGCCGCCCCUUCACAAACACCAACACACUUUGAGUUGGAUGGACUCGCGGAAAGAUUACACACAUGCUGCAGCGACACUUCAGUGAAAAGGAGUUGGGAGUCAAGGCCCGGCAAAAAAACUACGGAGGUACAAAUGCUAAGUUAGCAGCUACUUUCAUCCGGGAGCUGUCGGCGUUUACGUCCAAAAACUUGUAAAAGGGAGCGCUGCACUUUUGGGCAUCUCACUGUCCACCCUGUUGAUUUGAAUGGAUGUUGACACUAUGUUCCAGACACACCCAGUCAUAACAAGCACUGAAUGAUCGGAGAGAAGGGCAAGACAGGCGACUGGAUCCUUCUGGAGAACAGCAAAUCAAACAUCAAAAACAAACUGAGGUGAGAAGACAUGAUUAGAAUUCACGCUGAUUUUUUUUUUGCACAUCAUUGUCACAGAUCAUUUCACCACAGAGCCACUUGAAACAAUGGGUGACCUUGGCGAGGAGUAUGGAAACUACACCUACGACUACGACCUGGAGUACGGCGACUUGGAGGAUCUUAAAGUGGAGCACAGGCAGAAGGAAACAAUGCACAUUAUCUCAGUGGUCGUCUACAUUAUCUCCUUUGUGCUCGGACUGAUUGGGAAUGGGACGGUCAUUUGGGUGACUGCGUUUAAAAGCAAAAAGACCGUCAACAGUGUGUGGCUACUCAACCUGGCCAUAGCAGACUUUGUUUUUGUGCUUUUUCUCCCGUUCUACAUCGAUUACAUCCUGCGAGACUUCCACUGGGACUUUGGUGUAGCCAUGUGUAAGAUUAACUCGUUUGUGUCUGUGAUGAACAUGUAUGCUAGUGUGCUCUUCCUCACUGUGCUCAGCGUAGACAGAUAUGUUUCCCUCGUGCACCUUGACUGGUCCCAGAGGCGCCGCACCAUGGGGAACGCCUGGGUUGUAUGUGGCUGCAUAUGGAUGCUAGCUGCAGCCUUGAGCUGCCCUGCGCUGAUUUUCCGCGACACAAUGCGCUUACAUGACAAGGUGGUGUGCUUCAACAACUUCCAUGAAAAGGAUGGACACACCGCAGCCAUGAGGCACAUUAUAAUCGUGGUCAUCCGCACCACUGUUGGCUUCCUUUUGCCUUUCACUGCAAUAUGUGUGACAAGCAUACUUCUGACAGUCAAAGUGAAUCAGUCCAGGGGCUCAGUUCGCGUUUCCAGUUUCUCCAAAACCGUGUCAGCUGUAAUCCUGGCCUUCUUUUUAUGCUGGGCACCUUUUCAUACUUUCAGCUUGAUGGAGUUGUCCAUGCAUUCCUCAUUUUACUUACACAACAUACUAAAAGCUGGCUUUCCUCUCGCCACCAGCUUAGGCUUUUUCAACAGCUGUAUUAACCCCCUGCUGUACAUGCUCAUUGGAAAAAAGGUGCGUCAUAUCCUUAAGCGUGCAUGCCUGGACAUUACUAAGAGUUCACUCAGAGAACUCAGCCAAUCAGUCUCCGCCACUGAGAUGGAGUCUGUGCCAGAAGUUCACCAGGACUGGGUGCCAGAGGAGUCUGUGGAGUCAUCAACUCUAUGAUUACAGCCAUUAUCAGACUGAAGAAUAUAAGGCUAAGAGCAGCUGUUACUUAUGCAUAAAUAUGGAAUAUUAUCAUAGCUGUUCUUUCCAUCUUAGCUGUUGACAGACUUAAAACUCUAUUUGGAAAAUCUAUGUAGAACUGUGUACAAUGUACAUACUGAGUUUAUAUCGUCUUUUUUCCCCAUUUCAUAAUCCAGUGACUCUCAGAAAAGGGCAAGAUACACUUAAAAAAUACUUUCAAGAGAAAAAUAUUUGAUUCUAAGUUUCCGUUACAGCUUCUCAGCUGUGAUUAAUGCUUACAUUAAGAUUUUAAAUUUUCUUUCUUUGGGUGGGCAGUAUUUACUGGACAGAAAAAUUAUUUUGACAAGGUCACCUUGGGCUCUAGAAAUUGUGAUGAGCUUCUCACAAUUUCUGUAAUUUCCUGACCAAGCAAUCAUAAAAGCAAUAAACAGUUACAGUUUUGUGACAAAUAUAUUAACAAAAGUAUUGUUGUAUCCUUAAGAAAUGGCAUCUUUGGUUCUUGGAGAUGUAAUAUGUUGAAUAUAUCUCUUUUAAGUCUAACAUUAUGCAUUUAUUUUUAUAGACUUGCUGCUAGUCACAUUUGUAUGUGUUGUAUAAGAUUUUAAAACUAGUUGAGAGUUGUAUAAUUUUUUUAUUCUAAUAUAUUCCAAAUAAAUACAUACUUCUGAA